AUGAUUGAUUGAUUUGUCCCCGGCCCGGGGCGCCCGCAGCUGGCUGGAGCCUUCGGUGACAUCACGAGCCAGAGCGCGGGUCACGUGGUCCGCCCCGCCCCCUCCCGCCCCUCCUCCUCCUCUUCCCGCAGCCUCCCGAGCGCACUGUCCGGCCGCCGCAGCCGCUCGGACCUCUCGGCAGAGGCGUGGAGCGCGGGCCCCGGGCGAGCCGGGGAACCGGACCGGCGGCGACAGCGGCAGCGGCGGGGGAGCCGGCAGCAGCCCCACGGCGAGGCCCUAGUGACGCGGCCGACGCUCCUGCAAACUUGGGCGCCCGCUCGCGCCUCGGCGCCCGCGGCCCGAGCGAUGAAGAAGGUCGCGCCCUGGACGCGGUUCUACUCCAACAGCUGCUGCCUGUGCUGCCAUGUCCGCACCGGCACCAUCGUGCUGGGCGUCUGGUACCUGAUCGUCAACGCUGUUGUUCUGCUGAUUCUGUUGAGCGCCCUGGCCGACCCAGACCAGUACCACUUCUCAAGUUCUGAGCUAGGAGGUGACUUUGAGUUCAUGGAUGAUGCCAACAUGUGCAUUGCGAUCGCAAUUUCUCUUCUCAUGAUCCUGAUUUGUGCAAUGGCUACAUAUGGAGCAUACAAGCAACGCGCUGCCUGGAUCAUCCCGUUCUUCUGCUACCAGAUCUUUGACUUCGCCCUCAACACGCUGGUUGCCAUCACUGUGCUUGUGUAUCCAAACUCCAUUCAGGAGUACAUACGACAGCUGCCUCCUAAUUUUCCCUACAGAGAUGAUAUCAUGUCCGUGAAUCCUACCUGUUUGGUCCUUAUUAUUCUCCUGUUUAUCAGCAUUAUCUUGACUUUUAAGGGUUACUUGAUCAGCUGUGUAUGGAACUGCUACCGGUACAUCAAUGGCCGGAACUCCUCUGAUGUCCUGGUUUAUGUUACCAGCAAUGACACUACGGUGCUGUUACCGCCGUACGAUGAUGCCACUGUGAACGGCGCGUCCAAGGAGCCUCCGCCCCCUUAUGUGUCCGCCUGAGCCUGAACGGGGGCAGAGCUGAGAGGCAGCAGCUUGAUUUCCAGAUGUCAGAGCAAUAGUUCUUUCAUUUUCCUUCUGGGAGGAGUUCUCUAACCUCAUUUGUUGCCUAACUGCUAGUUUUCAAAUUUAGAUGUUAAGUUGGAACCCUCCUUAGUUUUAAAUAUACACUUCAGCUAGAGCACUGUGAUAGACUCACUGUAGAGUUCUUUGUGUAGGGGUGGGGCGCAACGGGCUUCCCUCGUCUUCCCUGGUUUUCCCUAGACAUUAAAACUUCCCAGGAGAGUGGAUGAACCUGGAGUCAGAGGAGUCUGGUUUUGCACCUGCUGGGCCCCAGAGUCUGGGGGGAAUUAGUCAUACUUUUUCUCUGUCUUCCCUCUGUCUCUUUUCAAAGUGUAAAAAUAAAAUCGAAAUUAGACAAUGCUUCUCUUAAGCCACUCCAGUGUUUGAACAAACCUUUAUGGAACAAGAACAAACAUCAACUGUGUAAUCAUUGCUCUACUUAGGUAAAUAGGACUCCAUAUCUAUAUAAAUAAAACAAGAUCUUCCUUAAGAUUC